AUGCCUUCUGAUGGUGUAAGUUAUGCAGGCAAAAACCCAAACAAACUGAAUUUCAGAGAGAAUGCGUCUCGAUUCACAUCGGUCAAGCCGGUUCUCAGAUUGGAAAUGCGUGUUGGGAACUUUAUUGCAUGGAGCAUGGACUCGAUGAGGCUGGAUUUCUGAAGGAAGAGGAGGAGAACAAGCAGCAAUCGCUUCAGGCAUUCUUUUCUGAGUCGAGCAAUGGAAAGCAUGUGCCACGCGCGAUUUAUGUGGAUUUGGAGCCGACUGUGUUAGAUGAGAUUCGGAACGGAGUGUAUUGCAACCUCUUCCACCCUGAUCAAAUCAUAAAUGGAAAGGAAGAUGCGGCGAAUAACUAUGCAAGAGGUCAUUAUACAAUUGGAAAGGAGCUGAUUGAUGUGGUGCUGGAUAGAAUCCGGAAACAGGUACUCAACUCAAAACUGAGCUUGAAAGAUUUUCAAAGCGUUCAAUUUCAGACUGAAAACUGUGAAGGCCUCCAAGGAUUCCUAGUGUUCCAUUCUUUCGGAGGAGGAACUGGCUCUGGCUUCAGUUCCCUUCUGAUGGAACGACUUUCGGUGGAAUUUGGAAAGAAGAGCAAGCUAGAGUUCAGGUAGACCAACUAAUCAGAAAGAGUCACGUCUAUAAAAAGAUUUAUAGCGUGUACCCGGCGCCACAAGUUUCCACAUCCGUCGUCGAGCCCUACAACUCCAUUCUGACUACUCAUACCACUUUGGAGCUUUCUGACUGCUCGUUCAUGGUCGAUAAUGAGGCUAUUUACGAUUUGUGUCGUCAGAAGUUACACGUGGAAGUUAGUCAAUGAUAGAUGGAACAGGUUUAGAAAGUUAAAAGUGUUUCAGAGACCUUCCUACUCAAACCUCAACCGACUAAUUGCGCAAGUUGUCUCAUCUAUCACUGCUUCUCUUCGUUUUGACGGAGCUCUGAAUGUGGAUUUGAACGAGUUCCAGGUACCGUACUUGAUCAGCAUCAGUUCCAACAAUUGUGUUCCAGACAAAUCUAGUACCGUACCCACGCAUUCAUUUCCCUCUCGCCACCUACGCUCCGGUCAUUUCUGCGGAUCGCGCUCAUCACGAGCCACUGUCCGUUCAGGAUAUCACUCAUAUGUGCUUCGAAAAAGCCAACCAAAUGGUAAAAUGUGACCCGAGUGCCGGAAAGUACAUGGCUGUCUGCCUGCUUUAUCGCGGUGACGUUGUGCCGAAAGAUGUCAACGCCGCGAUCUCAUCUGUCAAAGCGAAAAGAGGCAUCAACUUUGUCGACUGGUAAGAUUUUGAGACAGUCAAACGGUAAUAGUCUUAUCUUCUAGGUGCCCGACAGGUUUCAAGGUCGGUAUCAACUACCAAGCGCCGGUUACUGUAGAUGGAGGAGAUCUAGCAAAAGUGAGUGGCCUUUGGUUUUCAGUGGAAACGGAAAGGUUUGUAGGUUCAUCGAGCGGUUUGCAUGUUGUCCAACACGACGGCAAUAGCAGAAGCGUGGGCUCGUCUCGACCACAAAUUCGACUUAAUGUACACGAAAAGAGCAUUCGUACAUUGGUUCGUAGGAGAAGGUUGGUGACAUAAUGGGAUGAAUGGGCUCGCUCCGGGGAGGUUGAGCCCUCCGGCCAAAGACAAAUCGGGGAAGAAGGAAGAAGAAAAUAGAGGAGAACUCUAUCAUUUAUAGGAAUGGAAGAAGGCGAGUUCGUGGAAGCUCGUGACGAUUUGGCCGCUCUGGAGAAGGAUUACGCAGAGGUUUGUAUUGAAAAAUGUGAAGGCCUUGGGUAUACGGUAGCUUUUCAGGUGAGCCGUGACACCGCGGAUUUAGAGGAGGAAAAUGAGGAGUACUGA